ACGAAGGCGUAGAAGAUGAGAUCAGAAAUGCAUUUCGUCCAGCCAACUAGGGACCGCGUUUUCAGACUCGCCAAAGGUUCGGAGCCUGGCAUGAAUCAAAAAGAAAUAAAAAGAGGCCUAGAAGACAAUUUUACCAGUCUUUUAACAAGGAUGUAAUUCUGCUGCCUUCACCAACAUGGGACAAGACAUGCAAGCAGUCCACGAAGAGAAUGUUGUAUCAGAAAGGACACAUCCUUAGUGCUUUUGAGUUUCAAAAAGAAUGGGAUUACAGCACCACUAUGUCCAAAUUACAAGAAGCAUUCAAAGAUUGCUUGCCAUCAGAUGUCAGAUUAGAGCUCAUGAUGCCUUGUGGAAACAAUUUAGUUGCACCAAAGGUGUGUGAAGGCCAGGAGCUGAGUGGACAACUGAUUCACAAAGUCUUUAAAUCAAAGACCCUGUACCUAAGGCCAUCAAAGGAAAUAGAGUGUGACUCCUUUUGUGGUGACAACAGGAAAGAUGACAGUACAGACUCUGAGACAGUAACUGAGAUCACACCUCUAGAACAUUGCCACAGGACCACUGAAUUAUGUUCCCCACCUAUUGCUGAGCCUGUUCCUACACAACCUUCUACAUUACUCUCAUACUCAACAGUGCCUUGCAGUUCAUGGGCAACUACACCAUCCACUUCACCAGAGCAUUCUCUUGAACAGGCUUCAACAUCUUCAGCUCCAAAUACAGUGAACUAUGAGAUAACAAGCCAUGAUGAUUACAGUGCCUAUCUGUCAGUGAUGACCUCCUUCUCAGACUUUUCAUCAGAUGAUGAAGAUCUUAACCAGGCAAUUCUUGCCAGCAUUGAAACACAUCGAAACUUUGAGGAAGUUCCUAUUAAGAAUAUUCUUUUGGACCUGGCCUCCAACAUAAACUACAAUUCACACUGCAGGUUUAACAUAAACCACUCAGCAGUGCUUGAAGGAGCUAUUCGAGGUUUUACCCGAAUCAACUAUAACCCCUCCAAUGCAAUCUCAGUUAAAUUCUCGGAUGACACUGGGAGCCAUGAGGAAGCAGUGGACUUAGGGGGACCACGCAGGGAGUUUUUAAGGCUCCUCAUGCAGGCCUUAAAAGACAGUUCAAUGUUCGAAGGCAAUGAGCAAUCACAAAAUCUUACUCUUGAUAGUUGUGGUAUGUUUUUUUUUCCUUUUUUACUAUUGAUAAAAAACCGCUAUUACAUUGCGGGACAAGCAAAUGCUGUAAGUUUAGUCCAUGGGGGGCCUGCUCCAGGAUUUCUAUCUCAAGUACUGUUCUCCUGUUUGGUUAAUGGCCCGGAGUCAGCAAAACCCACACUGUCAGAUUCUUGUUUAAAUGAGAAGGUCAAAAAGAUUCAAGAUGCCACAAAUUUAAAGGAGCUGUUAGAAGCAACAGAGCCAUUGUUGGACUACUUGCUGACUGCUGGAUGUGUCAGGCCUCUGAAAAGCGUUGAAGACCGUGAUCUUCUUGUACAUGACAUCUUAAUGUUCCAGAUUGUCCACAGGGUCCAGAGAGCAUUUGAAAGAUUCAGAGAUGGAAUGAAGACAUUGGGUGUCUUGGAUGCAAUUCAGCGUCAUCCGACCAGCUUUCGCCCCAUUUUAUGUCAUGAGCCAGCUCCUCUAACUGCAGAUGUACUUGAAGGGCUUUUUGAGAUUCGCCUGUCACAAAAGGGUAACAAUAAGGGGGUGCAAGAAGAGGUCGUUGUUCCCUUUUGGCGAGAUUAUAUUCAGGACAUGGAAGAUGAAGAAGGGCCAGCAAAAUUGGAGAAGAUUUUGGCUUUUGCAACUGGUGCAAGUUGUGUUCCACCAGUUGGCUUCUCACCACAGCCUACAAUCGAAUUCUUGCAUAAGGAAGAUUCUGAGUCAGCAGUGAUAUCAAGGUUUCCAAUGGCAAACACUUGCAUUAAUUGCCUUAAGUUGCCUUUGCACACAAAGUACGGGGAAUUCAAAAGUUCCAUGGACUUUGCAUUUGCCAACACACAUUGUUUUGGCAUGGAAUAGGCACCCUUCUCAAUUACAAGUUGUAUUAAAAGGAAUAAUUCACCCAAAAAUGAAAACUGUUAUUGUGGCAAGCAGGGAGAGGCCGAGAGCCGAUGGAGCGGAGGUAGACCGGUGGUGUUAUUGCUAGUUAGCGUCACCUGUGUGGCACACCAGCCUUGAGUGUCUCACAGAGGAGCUCCAGUUGGAUAAAAGCAGGAGUGACAAUAAUGAAGGAUGAGAGAGGACCAGGCCUGGACUUUACAUUGUGCUUUAUGUUUGUGUGUCUGUCGUCCGUGAAGUUACAUUGAAAGUUUGCCGGUUUCUGCCUCUUUCCUUCCGGGUUUUAGCACCAAUGUUGUAAAGUUAAGGCUCAAGGAAGAAGGAGGCAGGAACCGUUUAACAUUCAACGUAAUUCCAUAAUCAUAAAAUAAACAAAAACAAAAUGAAAGUAAAGCGGCAGCCCCUCACAGACAACUGUCACACAAACAAACAAAACACAAUGUAAAGUCCAGGUCUGGUCCCCUCUCAUCCUUCACUGUCGUCAUUCUUCCUUUUAUUCAACCAGAGCUCCUCUGUGAGACACUCGAGGAUGGUGUGGCAAGCAGGUGAUGCUCAUUAGCAAUCUCGCCACCGGCAUUGCUCCGUUUACAUGGCUCUCGGCCCUGCCCUGCUUGCCACAGUCAUCAUUCACUCAGCCUCAUGUCAUUCCAAACCAGUAUGGCUGACUUUCCUUCAUGGAACACAGAAGAUAUACUGAGUGUUUUUGUCCAUGUAAGGAAAGUCAAUUCAGUAUAUUGUUUUGUGUUCUAUGGAGGAAAGUCAGUCAUACAAGGUUUGGAAUGACAUGUGGCUGAGUAAAUUACAAUUUUCAUUUUUUGGUGAACUUUUCCUUUAAAGGAUCCCAUGAUGCAUAAGUGAUCUAUUAUGACUGCAUGUACCUUGCUUCACUUAAAAAAAACUGCAAUAUUAAUCUAGUUACCUUUUCAAGCCUUUAAGAGUUUGUUCAUUACCACAAGUUUUAGGUAUCAUUACCUAACAUUUUUUUAAGAGAAUUCAUUUUGGUAAUGUUAAUCAAAA